UCACACUUCUGCUACUCACUCACUCACCCUCAACUCAUCGCACCAUAACACAACAUCACUUGAAGAGAGAUCACACCGCUGUUUUUCUAUCAUUAGAACUCUUCAAUUUGGAUCACAACUCUGGUUCUGUCCCUUCACCACCAUUCACCUCACAGGGAUUUUAACUGUGUGUCACUGGAUUGUUUAUGGAGUAGUCUUUUGGAUCCCAUUGGACGGACUGCUGGACUGGACCGCUGGACAGGACUGGUGGACAAGACUGCUGGACCAGACUUGAACCCCAUGCAGUGUAUAGUAGCCUGGGGCGAUGUCAUCUCUUCUCUCCCCCUGCAACGCAAAGGAUCAGCCACGCACGACCAAGUCACUCUCUGACUCGUCUCCCACUACACCCUCACUGACUUCCAGAGGCCUCAAACAUGAAAGAGUGUCCAGACUGGACUCGUCUGGUGCUUACGACCGAGAAGCGUAUGACGCUCGCAGGGAAAACAGAAUGGCAGCUCGGAAAAAGGCUGAGGAAGAGGCAGGAUGCACUGACUAUAAGAAGAUGUACGAGGAGGCCAUGUCUACAAAUGAGAGACUCAAGUCCCGGCUGCAGGGCAGCAAACAGGAGCUGGUGUUGGUGCAGACUCAGCUGGAGAAAGUCACACAGAGAAAGAUCACAAUGACUGAGAGGUCCAAUGAGAGGUCCAUGCUUGAGAAAGAAAAACGGGAAACACGUGUCCUUCAGAAGAAGAUAUCAGACAUGGAAGAUGAAGUGAAGAUCCAGACAGAGCUGCAGAAUGAGAACCAGAGACUGAAGGACGAGAACGGAGCCUUAAUCCGGGUCAUCAGUAAACUGUCCAAGUGAGAGGAAGAGGAUGAUCCAAGAAUUAUUUCCAAUUUUUACCCCAACUACACCAUCACCAACCACCAACCACCACUACAUUCAAAUCAUGACAGGAAUGACAGAUGGGUGCCAACUUUAAAUACUUUUUUGAUGCCCCUUUCACUUUUUUCCUCUGUUGAUGGUUGUAUUGUACACACAUAGUUCACACACAGUUAGCAUAUUAGCAUAUUUAAAAAAAAAAUGUAUUUAUGGAUUGUUAUAAUGCAUACUCUUAUCGUCACAGCACAUUAUACUGUACGAAUGUCUACGAAGGUUUAAUCUAUGAACUGGUGUAACAGUUGGUAUAUUGUGAUGUUCUAUGUAACUAAGUUACAUUUCAUGUUUAUUUUCAAACUGCACCACCUGAAAAGUCUCCUGAGCCUUGUAUAAAUGAUUUAUAAUCCUUUUCGAAGCUGCAAUCCAAUGCAAUCUCUUAUAUUCACUGUCAUCAAAUGGUCAUGUGUGGUAAUGCAUCUUACCGCAGAGGCCUACAGUAUGUAUGCAUGAUCGACAACCAGGGUUGGUACACAUUUGUAAGCACUAAUAAAGCAGGUAAAGAUUA